AUGACUGCCCACAACACCGUCGACGCAAAGGGCCGCUCCUCCGAUGACCUUGCCCGGGUCGAGGAGGCGGAGCUCAAGGGCGAGCAGAUUGGCCAGCCCGGCCUCGCGACAGCCCUGGAGAUCCAGGGGCGCUUUGACAGCCUGCGCGACCUCACCCCUGAGCAGAUGGACGCUCUCAACAAAAGAGUCGUCAAGAAGGUCGACUGGAGACUCAUGCCCAUGAUCACCCUCAUGUUCCUUCUCAACUACCUGGAUCGGGUCAAUGUCUCCAACGCCCGCCUCGCCGGAUUCCAGACCGAUCUGGGCAUGAGCGACACCGUCUGGAGCGCUGGUAUCUCAACCUUCUACGUCGGUUAUCUCGUUGGCCAGCUGCCCGGAAAUAUGAUCCUCGCGAAGACCAAGCCCAACUGGUUUCUGUCCCUCAUCAUGCUGCUUUGGUCUGCCGGCACCCUAUGCAUGGCAGCGCUCACCAGCGGUGCCGGCUUCGCUGUCUGCCGCUUCUUCAUCGGCUUUACCGAGGCGCCGUUCUUUCCCGGUAUCACCUUGAUGACCUCGUCCUGGUACACAAAGGAGGAGAGUCCUCUGCGCAUGGCCAUCUGGCACGCCGGCAACACCGCCUCCAACAUUUUGUCUGGAUUCCUGGCCGCUGGCAUCCUCGAAAACAUGCAGGGAGUUGUUGGUCUCAAGGCGUGGCAGUGGUUCUUCCUGAUUGAGGGUGCGGUCUCCGUCAUCGUUGCUAUUGUCGCCUACUUCAUCCUUCCCGGCUGGCCUGAGGAUUCCGGCUUUCUCGACGACCAGGAGCGCGACAUGGCCAAGUACAGAAUGCUCGUCUCGAACGGUGGCAUUGACGAGACCCAGGUCGGCGCCUGGGCUGGUCUCAAGAUGGCUGCCAAGGACCCCUUCACCUGGAUCUUCUGCCUCAUGCACUUUGCCCUCAUCACCGCCCAGAGCUUCAAGGACUUCAUGCCCUCGAUCAUGGAGACCUUCCACUUCAACAAGCUCACCACCUACCUUGUCCAGGCUCCUCCGUACGCCAUUGCCUACGCUGCAGCCUGUGCCCUCGCCUGGUCUUCGGGUCGGUUCCAGGAAUCGUUCUGGCACGUGGUCAUCCCCAUCAUCCUCGGCGGUGCUGGCUGCGGUAUCCUCAUCGGCACUCUCAAUGUUGGGGCGCGCUACUUUGGCCUGUGCCUGCUCGUCGCCGGCACCUACAACGGUCUCAACUUGCAGCUGUCGUGGGAGACGACUGUCGUCCCUGCCCCCCGCUCCAAGAAGGCCGCGCUCGUCGCCAUUGCCAACUGCAUCAGUCAGACCAGCCACUGGUUCACACCUUACUUCUUCCCCCGCUCCCAGGUUCCUUACUACCGCCUUGGUGGAUCCAUCAUCCUCGUCGGAGUGGUCCUCGUCGUGGUCUCGGCUGUUCUCACAAAGUGGAGAGCCACGGUUCUCAACAAGAAACUCGACGAGCAGGAGGGCUGGUCGCCUACCAGCGGCAACGAGCGUGGCUGGAGAUAUGUUUCUUAAGUAAAGCACAGAGACUCACCAAAAUGGGCAAAUCUCCAAAUCUCUGGCGAUCUGGCGACUUUCGGCGCAAAGGACAUGGACUGGGAUGCAUUUGCAAGUCUUGAGGCGCGCACAUCUGCGCAGAGGGCUUUGCCGGGUAUGAUGAAUGAUUACAUACGAGC